ACAGUUAGGCCUACAGACAGUUCAGGUUCAGACUAGUCCUUCCGCGCGCCAUGAAAACGAAAUGCAAGGUAAGCCGUCAGGUUUCCGCGCCUGGUUUCCCUGGAGUGACACCACGCGCCGCGUCUCCAAGGCUCGCCUUGGUCGACCGAUGCUCUUCUCCGCCGUCAGGCACGGGCUCAAGCCGAGGCCGCGCCUCCCUCCUCCUCCUCCUGCUGCAUCACCGGCGACGGCUCCGGCGUCUCCUCCCGCAUGCACUCAUGUAUCCGCCUCACACGCCUCGCUGCUGCUCCGGCUCCGGUCGUGCCCGACCCUCGCCGAGGCCCGGCGCCUGCACGCGGCCCUGCUCGUCGGCGGCCACCACCGCCGCGGGGCCGUCCUCGCGGCACAGCUGGUGCACGCGUACGCUAGGCUGGGCGAGGCCGGGCGCGCCCUGAGCGUGCUCGACGGAAUGCCCAUGAGGAACUCCUUCGCGUGGAACGCCGCGAUCAAGGGCCUCGUCGACUCCGGCCAGUUCGCCGAGGCGCUGGAGACGUACUGGGCGAUGGUCCGUGACGGCUCGGUCGCCGCAGACGGCUUCACAUACCCGCCGGUCAUCAAGGCGUGCGCCGCGCUCGGAGUGGUCGAGCAAGGGAGGAUGGUAAGAGAGAACGUGGAGGCUGACGUUGUCCGUGGCGUUGUGGCGCCCAGUGUGUUUGUGCAGUGCGCGCUCGUGGACAUGUUCGCCAAGUGCGGGUGCUUGGGUGAGGCGAGGAGUGUGUUCGAGAGCAUGCUGGAGAGGGAUCUGGCUGCGUGGACCGCCAUGAUUGGAGGGGCCGUGCAUGCCGGGGAUUGGCUUGACGCGAUGAGUUUGUUCAGUCGGAUGAGAUCAGAAGGGUUCUUGGCCGAUUCGGUGAUCAUUGCCACUGUUAUUCCAGCAUGUGGUAGGGCGAAAGAGUUGAGGACUGGAAUGGUGUUGCAUGGAUGCGCAGUAAGAUGUGGAGUUGGCGAUGACACCUGCGUUUCUAAUGCUUUGGUUGAUAUGUACUGCAAGUGUGGUUGUCUGGGUAUGGCUGAUCGUGUGUUCUGGUCUAUCGGUUUCAAGGAUGUUGUGUCCUGGAGUACCUUAAUUGCGGGGUAUUCGCAAAAUGGGAAGGAUCAUGUAAGUGUCAAUUUGUUUACUGAAAUGGUUACUGCAGGGUUAAAACCAAAUUCAAAUACUAUGGCAAGUAUACUUCCUAGCCUUUCUGAGAUGAAGUUAUUCAGACAUGGAAAAGAAAUUCAUGGCUUCUCUUUAAGAAAUGGUUUUGAUCAGAGCAAGUUCCUAGGUAGCGCAUUUAUAGACUUCUACAGUAGACAAGGAUCCAUAAGGGAGGCAGAAAUUGUACUUGAGCUCAUGCCGAAGAGAGAUUUAGUCAUAUGGAAUUCCAUGGUUGCAGGAUAUGCCGUGAAUGGGAAUACAGAUUCAGCGCUGUGUGCAUUUAGGGCGCUGCAGAAAGUGGGAUUCAGACCUGAUCAUGUGACUGUUGUUUCAGUUCUUCCAGUCUGCAAUCACCAUUCCAGGCUCAUCCAGGGUAAAGAACUUCAUGCGUAUGUUGUUAGGCAUUACAUGAGUUCAGUUUGCUCAGUUAGUAACGCACUUAUAGAUAUGUACUGCAAAUGUUGUUGCCUAGAAAAGGGAAAAGAGAUUUUUCAAUUGGUGACAGACAGAGAUACUGCUACAUAUAACACACUGAUUUCUUCUUUCGGAAAGCAUGGCCAUGAAGAUGAAGCAAUAAUGUUAUUUGAUCUAAUGAAGAGAGAUGGAAUUGCUCCUGAUAAAGUGACUUUUGUGGCUCUAUUAUCUUCUUGUAGUCAUGCAGGGCUUAUUGAGAAGGGCUUGCACUUCUAUGAUAUCAUGUUACAAGAUUACAACAUUUCCCCGGGUAAGGAGCACUACUCAUGUGUUGUUGAUCUUUACAGCAGAUCUGGGAAACUUGACGAUGCUUGGAAGUUCGUUUCAAGCUUGCAAGAUGAGGCAGAAAUAGAUGUUCUUGGAUGCCUCUUGGGAGCAUGCAGAGUGCAUAACAGAAUGGACAUUGCUGAGCUAGUUGCAAAAAGAAUAUUUGAACAGAACCCCAGCGAUCCUGGAUAUCAUAUUCUGCUGUCCAAUAUCUAUGCUAAUGCUGGAAUGUGGUCUCACGUGACAAGGAUAAGAACUAUGAUCGAAAACAGGAGUUUGAAGAAUAAAACAGGAAACAGCUUGAUUUAAGAUGAUAAGAUCAUUAGUUCUGGAUCAUAUUAUUCAAUGGUGCUUUGCUAAAGCAUAGCAACCAUUCAUGGUAUGGAACAAAACAACUAAAAAGGCAUUCGAAAAUAUCAGGCUGCCAUUUAUGGUGCCAAGAUUCAGAGCUGGAGUAAACACCUUAUGGUUACUUUGUACCAUAUGAUGCAUAUAGGAAGCAAGUUAAAGCUUAAACUCUUGAUGUGCAUGGACAGUGACUAUCCUCUGUCUGCUUCAGAAUUAGUGUCUAAGCCUGAGGACAGUAUGUCAGAGAAAUUGCUACCGUCUUCAAAACGCUCUUGGAUGAUUUUCACUAGAGGAUAAUUUCAUAUCUGUGGAUACAUGCAGGAUUGCAGGUGAGUAAAAAGCUUGCUGGAUAAUAUUUAGUGUAUUGUACAGUACAUAUUUUUGGAAAAUUUAUUGAGAGGUUCACAAUUUUGCUUGUUUUCCUACCUGUAGGCUGUAGUCUUGUGCUCUUUGCUUCCUUUUGCUACUUAUCAUCUAACUAACAUGGUGUCCCGCACAAUUGCGCGGGAAACAUCUUUAGUUCCUAACUAUCAAUUAUGCAUCGUAAAAAAACUAUCAAAAUUAAGCACAAAAAAAGAUAAUAGAAUCAAUUAUAAUAAACUAAGCAUAGGCUGUGCUGAUUUGUUUAUGGACAAACUUCAUAUUUCGUUAUCUCUGACUACAAUCUGGCUUCAUUUGACACUAAGCUCUGAAAGUCUUCAUUUUGUAGGCAACACCGACUUGUUUUCAUCUGAGAGUUAGUUUUUUGAAUUGCUUUAUACUCAUGUAACCCUCAGGGUUCCAGCAGUCACACUUCUGGGUUUCCUACUUUUCUAUAGGCAAUCUCAAUUAAUCCUGAGCUCAUUUGGCAUCCAUCCUUUCAUUUCAUUUGGUAGAAAUGAAAUGGAAUCGAAAUCCAAUUUUUGAUAAGAUUUCAUUUGGUUGAAUUUGAAUUCCGGGUUCAAAUAUCAUGUUUGUCUACCACAUGGGUUUGUAGAGUGAGAGACAAUUCCAAUGAAAUAAUGUCUUUUAGAGAGGUAUUGGAGUUAGUUAUAGUGAUUCCAUGGAAUUUCAGAUUGAAUUCUUGUGACCAAUUCGGUGCCAACCAAACAAGUUGGUUUCUGGAAUCCGAAAUGUUCCAGAAUUCUAGGCCCAAAUGAUGGGUGCCAAACGAGCUGUGAAAGUUCUUUUGUGCAACAACCAAACAAUAUUACUUCUUAUAGAGUUCUGAAGAAACUGAAAUAGCCCGUAAACUUUGACCUCCAGCCUCCAGGUCGUUGUUGUUUCCAAAGAAAAUGUCUACUUUUGCUUCUCAGGUUUUUAAUACAGUAAAAUCAGAAGUACUCCCAGUAAAUUAGCAAAUUUACAGUAUUCCUGUAAAAUAUCAAUUGCUAUGCUUCUUGAGCUUGUUCACUGCAGACGAGGCAACAAGACCACACGACACAUAGGACAGGCAUCUAACUGCACUCUUUCUGCACACAGUGUUCAGUACACUGCAUAGCUUCUUGGCUAAUGUUUAAAUCUCUUCGCCUGUUACCAUCAUCAUAUAUAAUGAUAGUGUUCCCAUCAAAUGAUGCCAAAAGCUGAAAGAUAUUAAAGCAGAUUCAGCAAAGCAUCCUGAUUUCAUUGCUCAUUCUGCGCAAGGACAAUCGAUCAGUGGAAUUGUUGAGCCUAUACAAAGAGUGGGUUCACUUCAUGUCUACAUCAGAUAGUGGUUGCCCUGCCUAUUCUGCUGAUUGUUGCUGCUAUCCGAAGUAUUUGCAGAGGACAAGAACGUGGUCUGCGUAAGCUUUUGUUGUACCGGUUAUUUUCCUGGAAUCGACAGGAUAAGUCAGAAGAGUUUUUUCACUUGCUGACUUUAUGAACAAGGUGGUGAUGCAUACCAGUGUUUCGGUUUAUGGGGAGUUUUAUGGCGCCACUGUUUAAGAAGGCCUUGAAUUCCUUAUGGCGUAAGAUGAACAGAUUGACUUGCAAGUUCCAAGAAAGCAAAGAAAAGCAAAUAGGCAUCGUUAUCCUAUCCAGAUCGAUCACAUAUUGUACACCAACUCUGGAAGUUCCAAUGGCCUGCGUGAUUUGGACCACCAGCCUUCCUGCAACGAUAAGGACGCUCCUGAGAAUGGGGUACCGACCCACGGUGCCCUACUGCCCUGCCUUCAUGCUGCAGGCACCGGCACCGUUUGAAUUCACGCUCAUGAAUUAAUGGCUUCGCUGUCCUAUUUCAGCAAUCAUCAGUGGGGGGAGGUGCUGCUGCAGGAGACACGUUUGGAUGUUUGCCUGAUCUGAAGGUUUAUUGGCUUACAAUUUUUGCAGGGUGUUGCUUCAGUCAGGGGCACAGUAGCAUUUGAGAAGCAUUCAGUUUCUCAGCAUGGGCAAUGGCAUGGUGUGCAGGGUAUCCACGUCUACCAGGAUCACUCCGGUAUUUAAUUGCCAUGCAAGAUUAUGCAUUAUGAAUGCUACUAGCUCCAUUCCAUAUCGUUUUGAUUUGAUCCUAAGCUGCCUAACGACUGAUAAGACGGGAUUGCAGUUUCCUAACGCAUGUGUAUCUGCCAGUGUGUACCUAAUUUUCCAUUUUGUAUGGUAUGUUCUGGUCUGGGACAACUGGGUUUGGCUUGCGCUUGUGGUUUUAGCAUCUGGGCCAAUGUACCCAAAGCUGAAGUACCUGUAGAACAUCAGAUUUAAAGGUCAACGAUACCCCCCAAAGAAUAUUAUUGGAUGAUCCUACCUGUAAAAGCAACACCCUGCUUCAAGACUUUUGAGUUGGAGAACAUGGAAAGGCAUCAACAAAUUGAUCAUCCAGGUGUGCAUUUUA